AUGGAGAAAUAUUCAAGUAUUUCGACAGUAAUCCUAUUAUUUAUUAUCACAACCUCAUUUAUCGGGGUUUUGAGUUUGGAAAACGGGCUUGGGAGAACUCCUCCUAUGGGAUGGAAUAGUUGGAAUCGUUUUGGAUGUCAAAUUGAUGAAGAUCUGAUAAAGGGAACUGCUGACGCCCUUGUUAGUUUUGGAUUCGCUGAUGCUGGAUAUAAAUAUUUAAAUCUCGAUGAUUGCUGGGAAGGGGAGAGGAAUCAAGAAGGGUUUAUUACUUAUGAUAAAAAUACAUUUCCAAAUGGAAUUAAAGCGCUUGCCGAUUAUGUUCAUAGUAAGGGUUUACUGGUUGGAAUAUAUAGUGACGCAGGAUUUCUUACGUGUGCCAGACGCGCCGGAAGCCUUGGUUAUGAGGAAAAGGACGCCCAAACUUUUGCAUCUUGGGGAAUCGAUUACCUAAAAUAUGAUAAUUGUAACAAUGACGGAUCGCCCGAAAAACAACGAUAUACGAUGAGAGAUGCACUCAAUGCAACCGGGAGGCCAAUUUUCUACAGUAUAUGUGAAUGGGGGACAAGUAGACCAUAUCUCUGGGGUUCAAAAGUCGGAAACAGUUGGAGGACCACGGGUGACAUCAGGGCCGAAUGGAUGUCUGUCACUUCCAUUUUGAAAAGGCAACAAAGAAUCACACAUUAUGCAGGUCCAGGUGGAUGGAACGAUCCGGAUAUGUUGCAAGUUGGGAAUGGACAUUUCUCUAUAGACGAACAAAAAAGUCACUUUUCUCUUUGGGCCGCAUUAAAGGCUCCUCUUUUGCUUGGAUUUGACAUAAGAACACCUCCAGAGGAUACCAUAAAGUUAGUAUUAAACCCGGAGAUUAUUGCGAUCAACCAAGAUCCUCUAGGGAAGUCAGUAGCCAUAGCUCAAAGUUCUAGGUUUUUCGACAUCUGGACCGGUCCGUUAAUCGACGGCCACGUUGCACUCUUGUUCAAUAGAGCUGAAAAGCCAUUAACAAUCACCUUGGAUUUUUCAUAUCAUUGCCAACUGGAAGGCGAAAUUCAUGUCAGAGAUCUCUGGGAAAGAGCUGAUAUAGGAAAUUUCACGAAAGGUCCCAAAACAUGGGAUAGUAGUCUUGAAACUGACGGGUGGCACUCCUCGGGGAAUACUUAA